CCGAUAGACACUAGCCAGCGAGCCGCAAAGACAGCUGGGACGAGCCAACAGUUACACAACAAACCCGUCCGGAGGCUAGCUGACACGCUCACAAGUCACAAAUUAGUUUUGCUCGGACACCUCUGUAACAGUUGGAACUUAUGGCUGACAGUGAGGAUAUCUUCCUCAGGGCUAAACAUCGGACUUUCAGCGGACUGACAGAAGAUGCAGAGCGUGAGUGGAGGGGACCAUUUUACUUCAUCCAGGCUGCGGACCCCCAGCUCGGGCUGAUGAAGGCCUGGAGGGACGGUGACUGCGACGGCGGAGGAGAUGAAUGGGCAGAGGAGGUGGAGCUCACCAAGCAGGCCGUGGAGGCCGUAAACCAGCUCAGACCCAGGCCGAGGUUCAUGGUGCUGUGUGGAGACCUGGUCCAUGCCAUGCCAGACACCCCAUUCAGAGAAGGUCAAGAGCGGGACCUGAAGGAGGCCUUGAAGGAGACAGAUCCGUCCAUCCCGCUGGUGUUUGUCAGUGGGAACCAUGACCUGGGUAACACCCCAACUCCCAGGACACUGGAGCAGUACUGCAGCGCUUGGGGAAACGACUAUUUCAGCUUCUGGGUGGGUGGAGUCCUCUGCCUGGUUCUGAACUCCCAGUUGUUCUAUGAUGCCUCGGCUUGCCCUCAGAUGAAGGAGGCCCAGGAGACGUGGCUGGAGGAGCAGCUGAGCAGAGCCUCCUCCUCAACGGAACCCAAACCCAAACACGUCCUGGUGUUCCAGCACAUUCCUCUGUACUUAAAGAGUCCUGACGAGGAGGACGACUACUUCAACCUGCAGAGGGGGGUCAGACAAAACCUGCUGGACAGGUUCAAGAAGGCAGGGGUGAAAGCCGUGUUCUCCGGCCAUUAUCACCGAAACGCCGGCGGUCACCACGACGGCCUCGACAUGGUCGUGAGCUCGGCCAUUGGGUGCCAGCUGGGCGAGGACACCCACGGCCUCAGGGUGGUGGUAGUGACCGCAGACGGGAUCAUCCACCGCUACCACGGCCUGGAGCAGCUGAGUGCGCGAGGCAUGGACGAGGACCUCAGGAAGCUCCUGCAGGUCUGAGAGCCGACGGAAGGAAAACUCAACAAGCAGUGUGUUUUUCAUUGUGAACUGUUUUGUUUUGAGUAUGCAGCAUUUUGAGCCCCUGUUCCUAAAGGCGCACAAGAUGGUUUUUGGAGACUGGCACGUUGGUCAACUCAUGUCAGCAUGGAAGAUAUUAAAAUCAUUUAUACUGUACGUUCCCAAUAGAUCAUUUUCUGCAAUGUCACAAGCUUAAACUUGAUGUUUUGGCUAAUGAUCUUAUCAAUAAUGUUGACCAGUGGCCCAGUCUCCAAAAAUUCCAAGUAUUCACUAAAGUGGGAAAAAAAUAAAAGGCAACACUUUCUAUGAAGCCAAUGUCUAUAAUGCAUUAUAAAUAGGGGUGUGAUCAAACUCGUCGUGUUAAAAAUCUGUCCACGUUUAUAAUGCAUUAUAAACAUACUCAUAAUGCAUUAUAGGAUCUGGAUUAGCCUAACCCUUCCCUUACCCUAUAAUCGCACAAUAAUAAUGCAUUAUAAAAAAGAUUAUAAUGUAUUACGACUGAGACUUAUGAUACGCUCUGAAUCUCACCAAAAUAAAAGUCUGAGGAGGAUUAUAAUCUAAAGGAUUCUAAAAAUUGACCAAGUAUGGCACUUGAAAAUGCUUUUUAAUGUGUUACAGUUAUUGUUAUGAUGACUGAAUAGUUAUAUUCAGUCAUAUAAUUAUAUAUUAUAUAUUAUAUAGUGCUAUAAGUAGAUUAUGAGUCAUUGUAAGUAUGUUUCUUAUGCAUUAUAGCCAUAGGCUUCACAGAAAGUGUUACCAACUCAUCUAAAUAGAGGCAUGUACCGUAUGUUGGAUCAGAAAUGAGAAAAUAGCAGUGAGUUUAAACUAACAAAGAUGCAGCUACAUGCCAAGCGCACAUCGUAAUGUGUACAGAAUCUUACAAUAAUAUAAAAUUGUGUUUAGUUUCUCUCUGUACUGAAUGUUUUCCUUGGAGCCUCUCUCGGCAGAACGGAUGUUAUUAUCUCUGCCCCCGCCGACCUUAAAGGGGCACAUAAAGAUUAUUGAAUGUGUUCUAAAACUGUGUUCAAGUCAAAUGUUGUUCGUGUAACUUUAAAUGUAUCCAAACUUUCCAUCAUUAAAGGAAGUUUCCACCCUGAAACAUUGAAACUGAGCACAAGCAGCUCCUGGAGGUGGUCUCUCAAACAGAAAUUCAUUAUAAAAGAGGAAAGAGAAAUAGUCAGGCGGCUUAGGACCAGAUUUGAGAAGAAAGGGGACACGCCGGACAAAAGCACCAACAUUUUUCCACGUACUCUCUAUCACCAUAGGUUUCAAUU